AGGUCAAUGUGAGCUUGUCCUCGUUGCCAAAUAACAGACAAGUGCAGUGUUUUGUAAUCAACUCUACUACCUCACCUAGUGAAAUCUCAUUGGCUAGCGAGGGAAGGUAGCCUGGCAUCAUGCGUCAUGUGAUCUCUGCUCCGGUCCCAGUAGCGCAGGGAGGGGCCAUGUUUGUUUUGGACGGUGACUCUCACACAGAUCUGGGACAUUGAUUUCAAGCAUGUUCCAUAGAUGCGGGAUGGUUUUGGUGGUCCUUUGCGAACGCUGACACUUGUGUAUUUUAUUAGCAGCCCGUGACGCAGACGAGCGGGAGAAGUGGAUUCAUGCCUUAGAGGGGACGAUUCUUCGCCACACCCUUCAGCGGGAGGCAGAAACAGGAUUCGUUCCCAGCGUUCAUGACUUCGACAAGAAACUAGCUGAAGCUGAUGCGUAUUUGCAAAUUUUGAUCGACCAGUUAAAACUCUUCGAUGAGAAGAUUAAAGACUGCAAAGAAGAUGAGUCACGCAGAAAAAUCGAGAACCUGAAGGACACGACUUGUAGUAUGGUAGAGUCCAUCAAACACUGUAUUGUACUACUACAGAUUGCCAAGGAUCAAAGUAAAGAACAGCAACACGCAAACGGACUGAUAAGCACCAUAAACCCAGUGGAUGGGGUAUUCCAGCCUACCCCUCUCAACACCUCUGUAGUCAGUGCCAUGCCAACGCAGACCACUCUACCCACAGAUGGAGCUCAGGUGUGUAAAACGGAACAGAGGCCUUCUUCUUUACCCGUGGGCCCUGUUGUUACGGUGAUGGGCAGCCUUCAGACCCCCACUCCCAACAGCACAGGGAGUGGUCCCUCGGCUCCCAGCAGCAGCGUGACUUCACCCAGUCACAUGAACGUACCACCCCACACUGUCCCUGACUUCUCCUAUUCCAGCAGUGAAGACGAGUUUUAUGAUGCUGAUGAGUUUUAUAACAGCAGCACCUCGCCGAAACACUGCAUAGAUUCGAACAGAACCGCUGAUGUGAACAGUGAAGACAGCACAGCCCUGAAACGGCCAGACACCAACGAAUCAAUCAACUCCUCCAUGUCGAACGGCACCACUGAUGCAGAUCAGUUUGACAGUCAUGAUGAGAGAGAUGAUGACCCUGAGGGUGAAUCUGUGGAAGAACACAAAAGUGUCAUCAUGCAUCUGCUGUCUCAAGUGCGACUGGGCAUGGAUCUCACCAAGGUCGUCUUGCCGACGUUUAUCUUGGAGCGGAGGUCUUUGCUGGAAAUGUAUGCAGAUUUCUUUGCACACCCAGAUUUGUUUGUAAGUAUUGCAGAGCAGCAGGAUCCAAGGGACCGCAUGGUGCAUGUGGUAAAGUGGUACCUCUCAGCCUUUCACGCUGGUCGGAAAGGAUCUGUGGCCAAGAAGCCCUACAACCCCAUUCUGGGCGAGGUGUUCUUCUGUCACUGGGACUUGCCUUCCGAAACAGAGGAUCCUGCUGCUUCUGAGUCUCUAUCAGACGGGCCAGUGCCGUGGAGUAGCAAAAACAGUGUGUCGUUUGUGGCAGAGCAGGUUUCUCACCACCCUCCUAUAUCUGCAUUUUAUGCUGAGUGUUUCAGCAAAAAAAUCCAGUUCAACGCUCACAUCUGGACGAAAUCAAAGUUCCUUGGAAUGUCAAUUGGUGUCCAUAAUAUUGGUCAAGGUUGUGUGUCUUGUCUUGAAUAUGAUGAACAUUAUAUUCUUACUUUUCCCAAUGGCUAUGGAAGAUCAAUCCUCACUGUGCCAUGGGUAGAGCUGGGUGGAGAGUGCAAUAUUUCCUGUUCCAAAACUGGCUACAGUGCCAAUAUAGUUUUCCACACCAAACCAUUCUACGGAGGAAAGAAGCACAGAAUAACUGCUGAGAUAUUUGCUCCCAAUGAUAAGAAGUCAUUCUACUCCAUAGAGGGAGAGUGGAAUGGUGUCAUGUAUUCAAAACUGGCUACCGGGGAAAAUGCAGUAUUCAUUGACACAAAGAAAAUGGGCAUCAUUAAGAAGAAAGUGCGGAAAUUGGAGGAUCAGUUGGAGUAUGAAUCCAGAAGUUUGUGGAAGGACGUGACCGUGAACCUGAAACUGGCGGACAUUGAUGCUGCGACGGAAGCCAAACACAGGCUGGAGGAGAAACAGAGGGCGGAGGCCAGAGAAAGGAAGGAGAAGGAAAUGCAAUGGGAGACGAGACUGUUUCAUGAGGAUGGUGAAUGCUGGGUCUACGACAAGCCCCUUCUAAAGCGACUAGCAUCGCAACGACACUGAGGCCGUCUCCAAAACAGCAGAGUCUAGAAAAGAGAACUCUCUUGCAAACCACUUUUCUUAUUCAGCCUUGGAAUGACUGACGAAUGAACCCUUAUAGCUUUGCAUUUUCAAAGUUUGAACGAAUGAUAAGAAAACACAAACUUAAUCUAUACAAAUAAAAAACCUCCCUGCUCACUAGUUCAACACUUCCAGCUCUCUAUCACCCUUUGAGGAAGAAAACACACCACGGACACACAGAAGACGUGAUCAGAAGCCCUCACAAAUCAAACAAGCGCGCUCGUCUCUGCAGAAGAAGAAUGAUCCCAGCGGACGUCUCUCUCUCUUUCUCCCACUCCAGAGGGGUUUUUAUCGAACAAACUCUGAAAACUACAGCGUUCUGUAUCUCAGGGAAGCAGCGGACUGAGGAUUGAAAGCUGUAUCUUAAUGUUCGAAAAGCCUUAACGGUGGAACCACACAGUAAAGAAAAUGAGAACUUGGUUCACAUCCUGCUAGCUAUAUAUAUAAGAUAUGAUAUAUUCUUGUUUUCCUUUUAUCUUCUUUCUCUAGGGCAAUAGUAACUGUUUGAAUAUACGUUGUGUACGGCAGCCAUUCCCUUUAUGUUCCACUUCAUCAUCAGCCUUUCAUGCUACAAAAGCCACAAUAAGAAAAUGUACCAUUUACAUUACAUGGGCUAAAAUUUGAAACAACUUUGCCAUGGUUGUAAUCCAUUCCAAUUUGUUUGUUUUUUUGUUAGGCUUUUUUUUUGAGAGGGGAGACUGUAUUUUUUAUAGAAUGCUGCUUGAGUGUCCACACAAUUUAUCAACUUAGCAUAAAGUUGGACUGUCCAGUAGGAAAUCGCAACAGUGCACAAUAAAACCAUUUGACAAAUCUGUGCUUAUCCUGCUGAGGUUGAGCAACGUUAUCACAAAUGUCCCUACAAUCUCACCUUCUGUGAGAUGUCACAUUGUAAUUCAAAUACAGUAAAUAUAGGUUUCAUAUAGUCAUGCAUCAGAAAGAUCUGAUCCUCUUUCUUGAAGGUAGAAGUCUGUAGAUGCAUGGAGUCACUCAGGUCAGUGUUUUCUCCUGGAAUGACGUCUAUACAUUGUGUAACAUAAUCAACAAGUAAAAUCUAAUUGUAUGAUCCUUUUUUUCUGAGAUGCAAUUAGAGCAAAACUGGCAAAACAAUAUUACUGCUAUAGUUUAAAGAAAGCCACUUGCUCUUAAUAUUCUGUAAUAAAUUGGAGGCCUUAUGAAGUAAAGGUUACUUUCGCCUAGUAUUGCUUUUCAGAAGCAAUCCCAAACAAUUUUUUCAUUGCUUGACAACAGUUGAUUGUACCAGAUUUCCAUGUAUCAAAAUAUAAUAUUAAAUCUCAGUGAGACCAA